AUGAAUGCUCCUACCACUGAGAAUUCAACGACAAUAUCGACACCACCUCAUAACACGAUAGAGACAGUAAAACGGGAAUUUUUAAACUUUUCGAAACACACUUCCGACACAAAGGAUGAUAAUUCACCAUUUUUAAAGCAUUUAAUUUCUCAGUGUUGGGUCAACUUUAAAAGAUUUUUGGGAUUCGUUGGUCCUGGAUAUUUGAUCUCCGUCGGUUAUUUUGACCCGGGUAAUUGGGCUACGGAUCUCCAAGGAGGUUCUCAGUUUGGAUAUUCACUCCUCUUUAUUAUCCUAAUCUCCAAUUUCAUGGCAAUGUUAUUACAAAGUUUGGCGAUAAAGUUGGGUGUUGUAACUGGCAUGGACCUUGCUCGAGCAUGUCGUUAUUCUUUCCCUCGAUGGUGCAACCUCGUAUUAUACAUUUUGUGUGAACUCGCUAUUAUUGCAUGCGAUCUUGCCGAGGUCAUCGGGAGUGCAAUUGCUCUUAACCUUCUCUUUAAUUUACCUCUUCCAUGGGGUGUGUCAAUAACGGCAUGCGAUGUGAUGAUCGUUCUUUUAAUCUAUAAAGACAAUAGUAUGAAGGCAGCACGAAUAUUGGAAGGGCUAGUGAUGUUCCUAGUAGCUGCUGUAGGAAUUUGUUUUAUUUCCGAAUUGAUAUAUUCCAAACCUGACUCGAUUAUGGUACUGAAGGGUUUUUUACCAAGUUCGGGAAUAUUCACAAAUAAUGAACAAUUGUACGUCUCAAUUGGCAUUAUUGGCGCUACCGUGAUGCCGCAUAACUUAUACCUACACUCGCAUCUGGUUCAAGCACGAAAGCAUCGUGAUCAAGCGAAAUUAGCCGAAGAGUGGCAAGAGGCACUCGAAGCUGGCGACUUCAAAAUAUCAUCUUCGAAAAGAUUAUUUAAGGAAUGCAUUCAGCGAAUAAUGAGACUUUCGAUAUGGGACUCGACAGUCGCUUUAGCCUUUGCACUUUUUGUUAAUUCCGCUAUUCUGAUAGUUUCCGCGGCCAAUUUCUAUUAUACUUCGAAUGAGGUGGGAAGCGUAGCUGAUCUUUUCGACGCAUAUAAUCUUAUCCGUAAAUACCUCGGACCAAUAGCUGGUUUUAUGUUUGGAUUCGCAUUGCUUAUUGCUGGACAGAGUUCGACACUUACUGGUACUAUGGCUGGACAAAUAGUAAUGGAGGGAUUUCUCGGAUUAAAGUUACGUCCAUGGUUAAGAAGGCUAGUGACACGUGGUCUGGCAAUCAUCCCAGCCUUGACUAUUGCGAUAACCAGAGGUAGUAGUGGUCUUAAUGGGAUGCUAGUAGCUAGUCAGGUUGCUCUCAGUAUACAAUUACCUUUCGCAGUAAUUCCAUUAGUGUAUUUUACUAGUAGUAAGAAAAUUAUGAAAAUAGAUUCACGAAGAAUUCAUCAACAAAAUGUUAACAUAACUGAAACAGAAAAAUCAUCACUUGAUAAUGACAACAAUAACAACAAUCCAACUAUUAUCACACCUUCAUCUAAUAUUGAAACAGCAUCUUCCGUCCUUUUUGAACAAUCGCAAUUUAUUGACUUUUCGAAUCCUUUAUGGCUUACCAUUGUUGCUAGUGUAAUUAGUUUUAUUAUUUUGGGUUUAGACUUUUAUUUGGUUAUAAGCACGCUUAAAGAUGCUAUUAGUGGCGAAUCUUAG